UGCGGCUUUUUGUUCUGCUGCUGCGGGCCGCGGGGCCAAAGCCAUGUCCCGAAAGCAGGCGGCGAAGGGCCGGCCCGGCAGCGGCCGCGGGAAAGCGGAUACCGAGCGCAAGCGGGACGAGCGGGCGGCUCGCCGGGCCCUGGCCAAGGAGCGGCGGAACCGACCGGAGUCCGGCGGCGGCGGCGGCUGCGAGGAGGAGUUUGUCAGCUUUGCCAACCAGCUGCAGGCCCUGGGGCUGAAGCUGCGGGAGGUGCCGGGGGACGGCAAUUGCCUGUUCAGAGCUCUCGGUGAUCAGUUGGAGGGACACUCACGAAAUCAUCUCAAACACCGGCAAGAGACAGUGGACUACAUGAUAAAGCAGCGGGAAGAUUUUGAGCCCUUUGUAGAAGAUGACAUUCCUUUUGAGAAACACGUGGCCAGUUUGGCAAAGUCUGGUACAUUUGCUGGCAAUGAUGCAAUUGUAGCCUUUGCAAGAAAUCAUCAAUUGAAUGUGGUGAUUCAUCAACUUAAUGCCCCUUUGUGGCAGAUUCGUGGCACAGAUAAAAGCAACGUGCGGGAGCUGCACAUUGCGUAUCGAUGUGGAGAGCACUAUGACAGCGUGCGCAGGAUCAACGACAACUCGGAGGCCCCAGCGCACCUGCGGACGGACUUUCAGAUACUUCAUCAGGAUGAAUCAAAUAAAAGAGAGAAGAUCAAGACAAAGGGAGUGGACUUUGAAGAUGACCUGAGAGAUGAAGUGGAAGAUGCCGUCCAGAAAGUCUGCAAUGCCACCGGCUGUUCGGAUUUUAAUUUGAUCAUCCAGAACCUGGAAGCUGAAAACUACAAUAUAGAGUCUGCAAUACUUGCCAUGCUGCAGCUGAACCAGGGAAAAAGAAAUAAUACAGAUGAGAACCUUGAGCCCAGUGGCCGAUUGACGAAGCAUUGUGGUGCUUUAUGGGAGGAGGGUGGCAGUGGCGCCAGGAUCUUUGGAACUCAGGGCCUGAAUGAAGGCAGGACAGAAAACAAUAAGUCCCGGGCCAGCCCUGGUGAAGAAAACAAAGCAAAUAAAAACCAUCUCCCGAAGGUCACGAACAAACAGAGGAGAGAGCAGCAGCGACUGGAGAAGAAGAAGCGGCAGGAGGAGAGGCACCGCCACAAAGCCCUGGAGAGCAGGGGCGGCCACAGGGACAGUAACAGGGGCGAGGCCGAGGCGAACGCGCAGGUCACCUUGGUGAAGACCUUUGCUGCUCUCAACAUCUGACUGGCCUCUGGGAGUUAUAAGAGGCAAAUGGAAAAUGGAGACUGUGUACCAGGCUUCCCAGGGAGGCUGUCCUUUCACACACCAACAGCCCGUGAUCCGCAUGAACUGGCAGCGGAGUUUCCUUCAGACUGCCUCUUUUUUGUUCAGAGUUUUGUUAGCGAUGCGUUUGUUUUAUGAAAGUACAGUGAAGCCAUUCCUGUUCUGUGGUUAGAAUACCAGGCUUUAGGGGUGGAUGGUGAGGCAGGAAAAGCCUUUAAGGACCGUUUUAUUUGCCCUGAAAAUCAGAGUUCAGUGAUCUUGGGAUCUUAACACCCAGAGUGAAUGUCACUGUAAUUGUUCAUAAAGUAGUUUAGACGUCAGAAAUUCA